CAUUCAAUACCCAGAUACCCAGCCAUCUCAUCUAUGUGUCAGAGAAUCCCAGUCACCAUGGAAGGCUCACAACCUCUGUCCAUUGAUAGCUUCUCCUACAGCUGGUUAAUAAACCUAAAACCCUCGUACGAAAGCCUCGGCGAUUCUUUCAGGGCCUAUCUCGAUGCUUCGGACGAGGCCUCCUCCUUCAUAGAGAUGGACCCCAAGUUGACACCUUCUAAGAGAUUCCUAGGAGACGCCCAGGAUUUCAAUUUCGGCUUUCCCGUUUCUCAGUCUCCCCACGGUGAUCUGGUUGACGCCGACGAGCUCUUCUCCAACGGCCUUCUCUUGCCUCUCUUCCGCAACUCAUUCAAGACGGAGGCUUUUGCUGCCUCCGUCGAUUCUGCUCCGACGCCGCUCAUCUCCUCCUCGGAGCCGUCGAAGCUCCUGAUUUCGAGCAAUCGGAGUCGCUCUCCUCUUUUUAGAAGGUGGCGACGAUCAUCGAGAACCAUUUUCCAGAAAUACAUGGGUUUCCUCAGACCCUUGUACAAGAAGCUACGGGUCUUGAGAUUAGACGCCAGAAGACCGGAAACUAACGACGCAAGAGUACGACCUUUUGUCAGAAGCUGGGAUGAAUCGUCACAACUAACAACGUCUCCGCGAGCAAGUACUGCUUAUUCCACCGGUGAUUGGUGUGCCAUUGAGAGUUCGAUUCACGAAGCAGUUCUCCACUGCAAAAAGUCAAUCGAAAAAUGAAAGAUUAAUUUGGACAGACGAAGAGGAGAAAGAAAAAUAAAAGAGAAGGAGAGACACAAGGAGAAGAGGGUUUGUGAAUGCAAGAUGAUUUAACUCCCUUUACAUUCGCGCUCCUUGUUUUUGUCUCUUUUUUUACCUUUUCCCUUUCCUGUUUGGAUGAUCGAUCAUGUAAACCUUCCACCUUCGCCCUUUAAGCUUUAAGAAACUUGGUGGCAGAUCAGCCAUGAAAAUUCUUAUA